AAACUACAUCGUUUCACAGUUUCCACCAUGACCGCCGACUCGAAAACGAAUGGCUUCCCUGAUGGCUACUUUAUUAUUCGUUCUGCUGCGACAAAGCGCCUGCUAGACGUGGCUUGCGAUGCUAUCGAAGACGGAACCGAGCUUCUGUUGUUCCCCGAGAAGGAGAAGUCACUGGUCGAAAGUCGAAGGAAUCCAGAGGCUAACAACCAGGUGUUUUAUAUUGACACGUCCGGCGCACUGUGUUCAAGGUCCUCCGGACAUGCUAUUGAUGUUGAAGGUGACCGUUUGGUUUUGCGCCAUCGCCGACCUAUCUCUCUUCCGUUUCCUAAUUCAUACUCUCAUCCUCUCCCGAAAUUCUCAUAUGAUCUUCAAACUAAAGAGAUCCACGUGAACUUCUCUUGCGAUCCAGCGUAUCCUCUGCCUUCGGCUUUCCAUUCGAAUGCUUGGAAAGACAAGUCUUACAUCCUGGCGGCCAUCCCGUUGCGCAAGCCCCGGACGAUCAUUGACGAUGCUUCGCAGUUCAUCCACUCUGCUCUGACCUCAUCGCUUUCGCUGUUCCAGUCAACGAGCCCCACGCAUUCUACUCCCGAAGAUGUAUACCAGAGCGGAGUAGAUCUCGGUGAAGAUGAAGUCGUAGAGGAAGAGCGCGGGGAAGAGGGGGAGGUUGAUGACUCUCCGGAGCCUAGCAGGAAGAUCAGGGUGCUUUCUGUUGUCAACGCGACAGUGGAAGAGGAGAGUUUGGUGGAGAAAGCGAGAAAUCGUCGGAGAUGGCAGGUUGAGCCACUUAGGAUUGCGAACAAGCGCACCGGCGCGUGAGUUUAAAAUUUCAAGGUUUGUUUUGUAUGUAUUUACUACAUAUUCUAUACGUAGUGUAAUAUCCUGAUAUCUUUCUUCCUGGACCUCUAUAUUUACCCCCGGACCGCCUUUUGCCGGAUGAGACGGAGCGAGGACGGAACAACCUCGAGAUAAGGACUAGAUAGCCACGGCCAGCAUUAAGCCGUUAAAUUCUAGCAGCCUCAGUCUCAGCUCACCAAGUACCACUGGCAGACCAUGACGCGGACAAGACCUUAUCUUGGAUGGAGAAAUACGGGAAGCCCAUUGAUCAACCAUUUUCGGGUCCUCUUUCGUUCUCGCGCUUGCCCUACACGCUUUGUCUAGAAGAUGAGGACGCGACCUUUGAUAUCGCAAUUCUUGGGAUGCCUUUUGAUACUGGAGUAUCCUACAGACCAGGG